AUGCACUACUCUUCCACCGUUAUCAUCGUUACCGUUCUUUCGGUCGCCGGGAGCGUGGCCGCCGUGCCAAUUGAAGAUUCCUCCUUGGGUUUCUCAAUCCCAGUUACACAUAACUUCCUUGAGGUCAAUCACAAUGGUCCCAAAUCAUUCAAUGAUGCCAUUCGCAAAUGGGGUGUCGAGAAGGAUCUUCCUACCGAUGAGCACCUCAAAUCGGACUUGGUCAUGCACAAGGAAGUCGCAAGGCGCUACACCGAUAGCAGUGUCACAGCCAGUCCUGAAUCCGGUGACGUUGAGUAUACUAUUCCAGUUAAAAUCGGAACACCGGCUCAAACCCUCAAUCUCAACCUUGAUACGGGCAGCUCCGACUUAUGGGUUUUCUCGACCAGCCAAGCUACUUCGCAACUCUCUGGUCAUGACGUUUAUAACCCUUCCAAGUCAUCCACCUGGAAGAAGUUAACUGGUUUCUCUUGGUCUAUUCAAUACGCCGACGGCUCAGGUGCCUCUGGCGACGUCGGAACCGAUAAAGUCACGAUCGGGUCAACGACAGUCGGUACCCAAGUAGUUGAAAUUGCAAAGACCGUGAGUUCUAGUUUCACCUCAGGAGGUAACGAUGGUCUUAUCGGUCUCGCCUACGGGACACUCAAUACGGUCAGUCCAGCGCAAGCCAAAACGUGGUUCGAGAAUGCAAUGUCCUCGUUGUCGAAUAAGUUGUUCACAGCCAAUCUAUAUCACAACAAGCCCGGGUCUUACGACUUUGGGUAUAUCGAUAGCAAGAAGUAUACUGGAAGCAUCAAGUUUACCCCGAUUUCAACCAAAAGCGGGUGGUGGGAAUUCCCCAGUACGAGUUACAAGGUCGGAGGCACAACAUACUCCAAUCCAUCCACCGCCACGGGCAUCGCAGACACUGGCACAACACUCCUCCUCGUCAGCUCUGGGGCGGCAAAGGCUUACUACAAGACCAUCUCUGGUGCCCAGGCCAACAGCCAAGUUGGAGGCUACAUCCUCCCUUGCGCCAAAAGUUCUUCACUCCCAGCAUUUUACUUCAGUGUAGGAUCGAACUUGGCCAGUGUUAGUGGUGCAAAUGUUAUCUAUGGCAGCAGUCUAGGAACUAUCGGCGGUGUUUCAUAUUGCUUUGGAGCCAUCCAGCCAAUCAGUGGGAACCAAUAUAUCUUUGGGGAUGUAUUCUUCAAGCAGAAUUUUGGAGUUUUUGAUUACGGAAGGACGAGGUUUGGGUUUGCGCCGCAUUCUUACACUUGA